AUGCCAGCAGAAGCCACACGUAUGCCAUUCGAUAUUGACGCGGAGACGCUCUACAGUAUCGUCACUGACCCUGUGGAGGGGCCGCGUGUGUUCAAAAGCCUGGGCGGCGUGCGAGGGCUGAUGCAGCGGCUGCGCACCGAUCUCGCGCGCGGGCUGCCUUCGGAGAGUGCCGCCGAAGCGCAGGCGCGAUGCGCGGCUUUCGGUGCCAACGAACUGCCGCCAGCGAAGGAGGUAACGUUCAUGGACCUCGUGCUCGACUCGCUGGGUGACCGAAUGCUGCAGCUGCUGGUGGCCUCUGCGGUUGUGUCGCUCGUGCUCGGCCUCACUGUCGCGGACGCAGAGACAGGCCAGCCUGACUACUCGAACGGCUGGAUGGAGGGCGCGGCUAUUCUGCUCUCCGUCGCCAUCGUGACACUCGUCAGCAGCCUCAACAACUAUCAGAAGGAGCAGAAGUUCAGGGANCUUAUGCGGGAUGCACCGGCAGCGCGUGUGACGGUCAUGCGCGCCGGUGCGGUGGUGGAGACUACAGACAAGGAGUUGCUUGUCGGCGACAUCCUCAACGUGGCCGGGGGUGAUGUGCUGACGGUGGACGGCAUCGUGGUGCGCAGCAACGCCUUCAAGGUGGAUGAGUCUGCAGCAACUGGCGAGAAUGACGACGUUGUGAAGGAUGCCGCAGCGAGCCCGUUCGUGCUCUCAGGCUCAAACGUUGUGGAGGGUGACGCAGCAAUCCUCGUGACGGGUGUUGGCGCCAAUUCUUUCGCCGGCCGCAUCUCGCUGCAGGUGCGCACCGGGAGUGAGGAGACGCCGCUGCAGGAGAAGCUCGCAGCACUGGCUGAUCAGAUCGGUAACUGCGGCAUGAUCGCGGCGGCGCUCAUGUUCACCGCACUGAGUCUGCGUGAGCUAUUCCACACCAUCGUGAUGGGGUGGCGGCCACUGCACUACAAGCCGUUCCUCGACAGUCUCACCACAGCUGUGACGAUCGUGGUGGUGGCGGUGCCGGAGGGACUGCCUCUUUCCGUCACCAUCGCACUGGCAUACAGCAUGAAGCAGAUGUUUAAGGAGAAAAAUUUGGUGCGGCACCUCGUUGCCUGCGAGACAAUGGGGGGAGCUACCACUAUCUGCACCGACAAGACUGGCACCAUCACGCAGAAUGAGAUGACUGUGACGGACGGCAUCACCGCAGAAGGUAUCCGCUUUACCAUGUCCGGUGGCAAGGACAGCGACGAGGCGGUACUAGCGGAGGUCUUCACAUCGGCACCACCACUGUGUGGGCUUCUCGCUGAGGGUAUCGCAGUGAACAGUACCGCCGCGUGGCGGCGAGUAGAGGAUGCCGCAACACACACCAGCGCUGUACGCCUCACAGGUAAUAAAACGGAGCAGGCAAUGUUGACAUUUGUCAAUCGUCUCGGGGAAGACUCCAUGACGGUGAGGGCGGCAACGCUUGAGCGCGUGACACUCAUCGCGGUGACCACACCCAACACCGUGGCACCGUCCUGGCCGUCCGUUAUGGCAGCAGAGGACGGUGGGGGCGGAAUCAGUAAUAACAAGGGCAAAGAUGACAAUGGUGCCGCCGCUGCGGGAUCGGCACAGGUGCUUACUCAUGAGCGGGAGAUGCGGUCGUACCCAUUCUCCAGCGCGCGAAAGCGCAUGACCACAGCGCUGGCACUGCGGAAAAGUGGUAUUGUGCGGUACCACGUCAAGGGGGCGAGUGAGCUAGUCCUCGCCAUGUGCGCCUACGUCCUGCAGCGCGACGGGACACGAGUACCACUGAGUCCUGCCGCCAACGACAAACUGCAGGACGCCAUUAUGGAAAUGUCGCGCCGCCGUCUCCGCACAAUUGCGGUGGCGUACACCGAUGAACCACUGCCUACGGCGGCAGCGGGAAAGGCGAUACCACCAUCAUCAUCGGCAGUAACGGCAACGACGUCGUGCGUGUUCCCCGAAACAGAUGAGCACCUUCCGCCGCUUACGCUCAUUACCAUCCUCGGCAUCCGCGAUCCUGUGCGCCCGGAGGUGCCACAGGCUGUGCUACAGUGCAGACGUGCCGGCAUCAUUGUGCGUCUCAUCACAGGCGACAACAAGGCCACUGCAGUGAGUAUCGCACGCGAGGUGGGGAUAUACGGUCGUGUGUGGUCCGGGUCUGCGGCAGGUGAGCAGGGGCUGGCGCUAGAGGGGCCGCAGUUCCGCGAGUUCGCUAAGAGCGCACGGAAGCUGAACCAAAUAUUGCCGCGACUGCAGGUUAUAUCGCGUGCAUCGCCGCUAGACAAGCAGAUACUUGUGUCCGAACUCAUGAAGCGCGGCGAAGUCGUUGCUGUCACUGGCGACGGCACCAACGAUGCCCCAGCGCUGAAAAAUGCACACGUGGGGUUUUCCAUGAACGCCGGCACGGAGGUAGCGAAGACAGCCUCCGACGUGGUAAUCCUUGACGACAACUUCAGCACCAUCGUAACCGCCAUCAAGUGGGGGCGCAACGUCCACGACAACAUCUCGAAAUUCCUACAGUUCCAAAUGACAGUAAACGUUGCAGCUGUUGUGUUUUCCUUCAUCGGGGCCUUCAUAAAUGGCAAAGGUGAGCCCCCACUGAAGCCAGUGCAGCUUCUGUGGCUAAACCUCAUCAUGGACACACUCGCGGCGCUGGCGCUGGCCACCGAGUCUCCGCGUGAUAAUGUGCUUGACCGUCAGCCGCGUGGGCGUGAAGCACCGUUAAUAACACGCCGUAUGUGGAUUAACAUUCUGGGUCAAUCCGCUUACCAAGUGCUCCUGCAACUGUGGGUGCUGCACUGUGGGCACACCUUCUUCCAAGUUGAACCUGGCUCAGAGGAGCAUCUUACAAUAGUCUUUAAUGUGUUUGUCUUGCUGCAGCUCUGCAACGAAUUCAACGCCCGCAUUCUGGAUGAUAAACUCAACAUUUUUUUCGGAUUAGAACGCGCCCCACUCUUCCUGCUCGUUGUCGGCCUCACCCUCCUUGUGCAAAUCAUAGGCGUGCAGUACGGCGGACCUCUCAUGCGUGCGGUCCCGCUGUCGUGGCCGCAGUGGCAGCGGUGCCUGCUUGUUUCGUUCAUCCCGACCCCGCUCGGCCUGCUGCUGCGCUCGCGCCGCGUUGAGGAGGCGCCGCUGCCGCCGCCGCCGGUUGUGCUCGACGACGCAGAGGAGGCGCGACUGCAGAAGGCCUCCGCACACCGCCGCACCACACUCCGCGAGGCGGCGCGGAAGGUGGUCGUGCUCCUGAAGGUGGUCGCGGCCCUCACCACUGCCGCCGCGGACGCAAAGAGGAAGAAGCGCUACUAA